AAAACCACCUGAUGAUCUCAAAUGCACAGACAUCAGACUCAGGUACUUAUUACUGUGUUGGUGUAUAUUCAUAUGCUUAUGAAUUUCAUGAGGGCUAUAGUGUCCUUGUGGAGGACUCUUCUUCUUACAUCCAGACUUCAGUAGAUCAGUCGUCCUCUGAGAACAUCCACACAGGAGACUCUGUGACUCUGAACUGUACAGUACACACUGGGAGCUGUGAUGGAGAACACAGAGUUUACUGGUUCAAAGACUCUGAAGACUCUCAUCCAGGACUCAUUUACACUCAUGAUCAGUGUGAGAAAAAUAACAACAUGCAAACACACAGUUGUGUCUACGAGCUGCACAUGAAAAACCUGACUGAGUCUCAUGCUGGGAUCUACUACUGUGCUGUCGCCUCAUGUGGACACAUACUGUUUGGAAACAGGACCAAACUGGACCUCACAGACCAUGGAGUUUUGCCGAACUCUGUGAUUCUUCACACUUUGGUUGGAUUAUUGACCAUCAUGAGCGUCCUCGUUGUUUUUCUGCUUUUUCUUCUCUGGAAGAUCAACAAGAGAAACAACUGCACCUCCACAGAUGAAAGAUCACCUGCUGCCCCCUUAAGAAGCACAGAGGCUGAGAACAAAGACACAGAAAAUCUCCAUUACGCUGCUAUAAAUGUUAAGAGGUCCAACAGAUCAAGACAGAAGAACGACUUAAACACAGACUGUGUUUAUACGAGUGUGAGACAACAGAACUGAAGCUUCAAGUCACUGU